AUGGUAUAUACCUACUACAGCCAGGAUUCCAACUUCCUUGACAUUUAUUCUGACACUUUGUUACUUAGUAUUGUUUUUUCAAGCUGGAGGAAAUCACUUGCCAUUAUCUCGGAACUACUUUCAAGCCACCACAUAGCUUUCAGCAUGAUAGAUGGAUCGCUUCCACUACCAAAACGACAACAGGCUCUAGCAACUUACGAGGGCACAAAUGAUACAAAUGUUCUUCUGAUGACCCUUGGGACCGGUGCCGUAGGUCUUGAUCUCGUGUCCUCAUCUUGUAUAUAUCUGCUUGAACCACAAUGGAAUCCCUCCAUCGAAGAGCAGGCAAUUGGCAGGGCGUUACGACUUGGUCAGGUCUCACAAGUCAGAAUCGUGCGAUACAUCAUGGAAGGCACCGUUGAAGAGAGCAAUGUCCUAUCCCGUCAGCGCAAAAAGCGUCAGCUCGCAGGUGGUGGAUUUAAAAAGCGAAAUCAGGAAGAUCUGGAAUUAUUAAAGGAACAUGUCAAUAAGGAGACCGAGUUGGACUAUCACAACGCUGACUAUGACAUGAUCAUCGAC